AUGAAUGCAGCGGAUGCCGAAAAAGGAAAAGUUGGCUUAGCUUUAAGGGUUUUUUCGCCUAGUCACACAACUGAUAUUCCAAGUACCAUUGCAUCAGCUGGUGGUAUCAUGGGAGCCAUUCUUGCGUGGUUAUUUGGAUCCAGCAGUUUAGAUUCAUGGGGUAUUGCAAGAAGAAUUGCAGUAAUCCGUAAUGGUAUUUGGGUGAUAAUUUUAAUGAUUUUAGAUGUAAGAUGA